AUGAGAUAAACCCUCUCAGAUGGAUGCCGGUGCCACCAGCCUCAAGAGGAUCAAGUUUGGGAAGCUGAAGGUGGUACGUCGGCGCUUGCUGCAGAGAUAUGAGCACCAGCCCUUCAUCUCCUGCCUGGCUGGCUUCUACAGCUGCCGGUGGAAGCGGUACCAGCGCAGAAGGACCGAGCCCGGGAAAUGCUGCUGCAAGACGCGGGAAUGCAUGUUCUUCCCAUUGCUUGUUGGAGCAUUCUGCUUUUCUCUGAUCUUUCUGUAUAUGUGGGGCGAAGCAAAAAAUGACUACAAUAACUUUGAUUGGUAUAACUAUGGAAACUUGGGCUUUUGGUUUCUCUGGUCUCUUGUUCUUCUGAUUGUGGCUGCGAUCCUCUUCAUGUACAUCACACUCUUAUUGGUCCUAGCAAUGUGUCUGCUUGCAGAAGGUCAGCAGCUGUACUUGCACUGGAGUCACAAGAUUGGGACUUUUCUUGUCCUGGGCUUCUCUGUCUCAGCCCUCUUUGUAUUAUCUGUGCUGUGGGGAGAUCAGUGGAAAACUGUACGUCUGUCAUUCCAGAUCACAGCUCCCUAUCUCCACAUAGGGGCAAUAACCAUCAUGGUCCUCCUGUCCUGGCCUGUGGCUCUGCAUGCCAUCAGAGCAGAUAAGAAAGUUGUUCAGGUGAUAAUUGUUGGUCCAUACCUGGCUAUCCUUCUCUUUCUUUUCUUGAUACCUCUGGGGAUGUACUCACCUUGCAUCAGAGAGGUGGGGACACUUGGACCAAAGCCAGCCCUCAUUGGGCACCGUGGAGCACCAAUGCUGGCACCAGAAAACACUGAGAUGUCAUUUCAGAAGACCAUUGAACAUGGUGGAGAUGGUCUUGAAACAGAUGUAACCAUUAGCUAUGAUGGGAUUCCUUUCCUCAUGCAUGACAGCACCUUGAAGAGGACAACCAACAUUGAGGAGGUCUACCCCAAUGAGACUACUCAAAACGCAGCAUUUUUCUCCUGGGAUGCCCUGAAGGAGCUAAACGCUGGAACAUGGUUUCUUAAGGACAAACCAUUUUCAUGCAUGGGCGCACUGUCAAGGGAAGAUCAAAACCAGGCAAUGAAUCAGUCAAUUUACAAGCUAAGUAAUUUCUUGCGCCUCGCAGACAGUCAGAAUAAACUUGUGAUAUUUGAUCUCUACCGCCCUCCAGAGAAACAUCCUUACAGGAAUUCCUGGAUCAACAGAACCCUGGAAGUCAUCCUCAAUGAAUCAGGGAUUAAACCUCAUCUGGUCCUAUGGCUAGAGAAUGACAUGAGGUCCUUUGUUCAGUCCGUUGCUCCUGGGUUUCAGCAGACAAUGGGCAGUAAGGCCCCAGUUGAAGACCUACUGAUGGGCAAUAUUGUCAAACUCAAUUUGGCCUAUACUGAAAUGUCCAGUGAAGAUAUUCAGAAAUAUGCUGAGGCAAAUAUCACCACCAACCUCUAUGUGGUYAAUGAACCAUGGCUCUUCUCCUUGGCCUGGUGCUCUGGGGCUCACUCUGUGACCACCAAUACUGUCCACAUGCUGAAGAACCUCAGACAGCCACUCUUCCUUAUGACUCCACAGCAGUACAAAAUCAUGUGGAUCUUGACAGAUGUGACCUCCAUCUUCCUCAUCUCACUCAUCUUUGCUCUGCAUUGGUGGCGGGAGCGGAGUUUUUCCUGCUGUGCCCAUGAUGGUGGCACAAUGAUGGAGGGUGGCACCUACAACAAGUUCAGGACAGAACUCGGCAACAUGCCUGCAGUUGUGGCCUGACAGAGACAAGAAGGAGACAGACUUGCUAACUCACCAGUGACUGGAGAGCGGAGCCUCCCCUGAUACCUCCUCCUACCACCAGCUACCACACAAGGGUGGGAGUCACAGGACAGCAAAAUGCAGGCAAAGGCAUCAAGAAGGAGAAGCCCUGGCCAGGGGAGAUAGAUAGUUCAAAAAUGCAUGCCUUUUUUGGUCCUGUCUUGCUUGCCUACAGCUUUUCUUAUAAUCUCAUGCCUGGCGGGGAUGGACCAGGUUACAGGGGAGCACAGAUGGGGUUGUAGCUGUGACAAAGUUGGGCACCACRACUAGGUGCUAAAUCCCUUUGGCAGCAGCCACAUGGGAACCACAUGUCCCUCCCUCAUACUGUUGGUGUCCACAGGGMAACAAUCCUGAUACCCUCCUGUUACGGAUCCUCUGUUAGUGCAUCUGUUUGGUACAAGCUGCCACCAUCUGAGCAUCCUCCAGCCCUGCUUGUCCUUGGCUGCUGGUGUUUCUCCAAUCAGACUGACUUCCUCUGCUCCACACACUCCCUCAUUACUGGCAGAUCUUCUCUAGCCUCAAGUGUGCACCAUCCAUGCAGGAGAAUCCUACUG